CGGCGCUUAAUCCGAAAUAAAAGAAAAGAUCAGCGUUCACUCGCCUCUUUUCUUUAUUCCUCGUCUAAUCUUCUGUACUAUCACAGCCUGUUGUGACAAAUUCCGAGUUGGCGAGUGGUGCUCCAGGGACAAGGAAAGGGGGAGAUCUCAGCAACCUGUUUCUUUCCCCAUUCCUCUUUCUUAUCCUAAGCAGGCAGACACAUCCAUGAUCUGAUGAUCAACUCCGAAAUGCGAUGAAGAUCUUCCUCGAGAUCUUGUCGUCCCAGGGAAGACACAGACUAUUUAUCUGGUGACAGAGUUAAAACCAAUGGCUCCAAGAACAAGCGCUGGUAAACCAUGGAGAACUCAGCAGUUCUCUGCUCUGCUAUCUUCAGUAGUCCUUGAAUGGGUUUUGAUGCUUCUACUGCUGCUUGAGGGGCUACUCUCCUACCUGGUGACGACAUUUGUGCGCCUUUGCAAGCUGCAACCCCCAUGCCCAAUGUGCACAAGGCUCGAUCAUGUCUUGGGCAAGGCGCAUCCGGGCUUCUACCGUGACCUCAUGUGCAGUACGCACAAGGCAGAAGCAUCAUCGUGGGCAUUUUGCCACAAUCACCAAAAGCUUGCCGAUGUCCACAGCAUGUGUGAGGCCUGCCUUCUUUCGUUUGCUGCUGACAAGAAGUCGAACCUGGAGACGUACCAGUCCUUGGUAGGGAAACUCAGUAUCAGGAUCGGCAACACGGGUUGCAGGAAUAACUUCAGUUUGAGGACUGAUGCUACUGAAGCACCAGUCCUGAAGGAGGAUAUUGUAUGCUCAUGUUGCUCGAGGCCACUGAAGGUGAAAUCAUAUCCUUCUGUGGUUCUUCAGAGCAAAGCUUGUGGCAUUGAUGUUGAGGAGAUCUCUAGAGAUGUUUCAAAAUAUCAAUGUAUCGAUGAGAUCAAUUAUGUCGCGUACAGCGAGCUGAAGACCUCUGACUGUGAAUCAGAACCCUGGCAUCGCGGUUGUGAUCCUAGAAGUUUGCUGGAUGAUGCCACCGAUAAUUCUACGGAAGACUUUACUUUUGGUCAUCCACAAAUAAAGAUUGGAGAUGGCAAUCCUUCAGAUGACAAUGCCCAGGAGAACGUACGUGAGCAGUCUGAGUCGAUACCAGUCCAGAAUGGUGGUGCCAACAAAAAGACUUUUGAAGAUUCAGGAGAGUUGUGCAAGAUCCAAGCUAAUGAAAAAGCAAACAUUCAGUCAACUGAUGGUCCCAGCAAAGGUGAUCAGCAAAUUACUGAAGAUUCUGACACAAGAGUAGAUAAAUCAGAAGAUGAUGUUUGGCACAAUGCUCUUAGUUCUACUGAGGAUUCAUCAGGAGUUGCUAAAUCAGCUGAAACAGACGCCAUGCCAAUUGAAAUGAAAGCUGAUUUUUCUCAGGGAACCACAAGGAAGAAUUCUUUGAAAGUUCAUGAAGAUUUGAAGCUACUGCUGUCACAGGUUUCUACUUCACAGGCACCUGACAUUGAUAGUCAUACUGUACAGGACCAAGGCGAACAAGCUAUACAUCACAAUAUCAAUAGAGCAAUCUCCCUUGAGAGGAAUUACUCGGGUAUUUCCGAGAGCAUGGUCAACGAAUUUGAAGGAGAGUGUACAGUUGACCAGCUGAAGCGGCAAAUAGAAUUGGACCGUAAGUCGAUAAGCCGUCUUUGGAAGGAGCUGGAGGAAGAAAGAAAUGCUUCAGCUGUCGCGGCGAACCAAACAAUGGCCAUGAUCACUAGACUGCAGGAAGAGAAGGCAGCAAUGCAGAUGGAAGCCCAGCAGUACCAAAGGAUGAUGGAAGAGCAAAGCGAGUACGACCGCGAGGACCAUCAGAAGAUGGCUGAAAUGGUCCGGACGCUUCAAGCUGAGGUCGAAAGCUACAAGAUGAAACUCAGAGAUCAGUUGCUCGUCGAUGAAAUACGCGACCACAUGCGCCUUUCAUGUCUAAAAGAACACGAGUCUAGCAUACCCGGAACGACUAAAUCACUUUCCGGUUUUGAGGACGAGAAGGCAUACAUCUCAAAACGCUUGAGGAAGCUAAGACAGAAGCUUCAGGAAUUCUCGAACAACAGCAAUCACAUUCCAUUGCCAGAUAGUGAUGACAAACAAGAUUCAGUUGAUGACACAAACAGUGACGAUGCUUACGAAGAUGGCGAAACAGAUAAUCUGGCAUCCCACAAGCAUAUAGGAAGAAAUGGCAAUAGCUUCAGAGACUUGACACAUGGUAAAGAUGAUCCGAAGGGGCAGUACCACGCCAUGGUCAGUGCGAACGACUUGGCUUGUUUUGAAGAUGAGAUUUCUGAAGUCAGUGGAAGGCUGAUGGCGCUGGAAGCAGACCGGAGCUUCCUGGAGCACAGCGUGAACUCGCUGAGAAAUGGCAAGGAAGGCGAGGAGCUGAUCCGCGAAAUAGCUGGCAGCCUCAGAGAGCUCCGGAAGAUGGGGAUCACUUGGAAGGAAUACGAUUAGCUGAAGCUACACUGCUUCAGUGGUGGCGACUAUUGUAGCAGAGUGUGUAAACAAUGAUGAACUGAUUAUAGCGGAGCAUAUGCAUACGGUUGGUGUCAGCCUGCCAUCUGGCUGUAAUUGCGGGUGCAAUUGCAAGUAUAGGAAUGCAAUUUCGUAUGUUCUUAUAAACACAUGGCUUAUCUCGAUUGUCUAUCCCUCCUGCCGGAUACUUAUCGAUCCGUUGCUUCUCUUAUUUAUCUUUUUUUUUUCACCAACAUCCUCGGCACGAAUCUUAGCCUAAAUGAACGGUUAAAUCAGAGAUGCAUCUUCCUGCCCUAUUGGAACAACCAAACACGUCUGAUCCAAAAAUUUCUAACGCGAGUUGACCCAUAUUUUGAUACAUGAAUGCUGCAUUCC